ACAGGAAGUGUAGCGUUUUCCUGCGUUCAGUUUUUCCAAGUUGUUUUCGUCCCCUUGGCGUCUCAGCUGUAGCGUUUAAUUAACAAGUGCUGUUAUUAAAACCAUUGUAAGUGGCCGAACAUGCCGAAGGUCGUGUCCAGAAGUGUAGUGUGCUCGGACACCAGGGACAGAGAGGAGUACGACGACGGAGAAAAGCCUCUUCAUGUCUACUACUGCCUGUGUGGGCAGAUGGUUUUGGUGCUGGACUGCCAGCUCGAGAAGCUGCCCAUGAGACCCCGGGACCGAGCCAGGGUGAUCGACGCGGCCAAACACGCCCACAAGUUCUGUAACGUGGAGGAGGACGAAAACGCGUACAUCAAGAGAGCCGAGGGCAUCGAGAAGCAGCGCCGAAAGAAGUGCGGCAAGUGCGGCCUGCUGCUCUUCUACCAGCACCAGGAGAAGAACAGCCCGGCCACCUUCAUUGUGGACGGAGCCGUGGUCAAGUUCGGACAGGGCUUCGGAAACACCAGCGUGUACAGCCAGAAGCAGCCGGAGGCUCCCAAGAAAGUCCGCGUGAUGAUGACCAAGCGGACCAAAGACAUGGGCAAGUUCAGCUCUGUCACUGUGUCCACCAUAGACGAGGAAGAGGAGGAGAUCGAGGCCAGGGAGGUGGCGGACUCGUACGCCCAAAACGCCAAAGUGAUCGAGAAGCAGCUGGAGAGGAAGGGCAUGAGCAAGAGGAGGCUGCAGGAGCUGGCUGAGCUGGAGGCCAAGAAGGCGAAGAUGAAGGGCACACUCAUCGACAAUCAGUUCAAGUAGAUGAGUCUCACUGAGGGACAGAGACACGCUCUGACUGUUGUCCUGUGGAGGUCUGGUCUGGACCCUCGCUAAAGCACAGUGGAUCCUGGAGCCUCACCGACCUGAUCUGAUCAGUACUGGCCCAGCAGUUUGUCUGGGGCAACAGUGGACAAAGACAGUUUUAUACAUUUGUACAAACAGAAACAGGACUGGUGAUAUGUGUGGGCGUUCCAUGUUAAGAUGGGGUUUCAUGGGGAGAAGUUUUAGUCCUUUACAUUAGUUUAAAAUUUUAUUUUGUACAGAAUUAAAAAGCCAAAUAAACCAGUUUGGUAUUUUUAAGGCAUUUGUUCUUGGUUUGAUAUUUACCAACAUAUCAGCAAGUCCUUGGAAAAGUCUUUGACUGUUUAAAGUUGUGUGAGUUCAAGGCCACUGAAAAAACAUAUUGUUUGUCACAUAUUGUGUAGAGGUCUUGAAAAAACUUCUUAAGAUAUCAUGCUGAAGGGGAUUUGUAUGUAAACCCACUGGAGCUGAAGUGAUUGUCAGACAAAUAAGUGGCAACAUUUCUGAAAACUGAUCAUUUAUUGAGGCAUUUAUCACAAAAAAUUGCCAAACAUUCUCUGAUUCCAUCCACAAAUGAGAGAAUUUGCAGCCUUUCAGUUUGAUGUGAUUCGAAAUUAUCUUUGGUUGUUGGAUGUUGCUGGUAGAACACCAUUUUACUAUUCCUGUGUUCUGGACUAAAUAAUAAAUUGAUUGAAAAACGUAACUACUAAAUGAAUCAAUGAAAACAUUUAUUUACCACAACCUUAAAAGCAGGAUUACAAAGUGUUAAUAAGCCUUUAUCCACAGAAGAUAUUUUGACUUGACAUAUUAGGAGAAGCACAGCUGCUUCAGUUUCAGCAGCUCAGUGAAGUUCAGUCAUUAAACAGCAGUGAUUCUAGUAUUUGUAUUGUUUACCCUGAUGCUCCUGAAGGUUUGUUAACAUCAGUUAUUCUGUAAAAGACACCUGGGUUUACGUUUACGAUCAUACAGGCAUUUAUGUAUGGGAAUAUAUCAUCACAAAUUCGCAGAGUACU